ACUUGAAAAUCUCCAACCCACUGCAUACUACUGAAUUAAUUCCUUUUGUAAUCUACAGAGGACAUUUAGGGCUUUUCAAUGAUACCAAAUUUGAAGGGGUGGGGCUUUUGAAACUUCCUUUUCCUCAUUCAGAAAAUGGCGUCCAUCAAUACAGGCACAUUUUAUGGGAAGAGAAAAAAUUCCAAUUCCAACAUGGUGAUGCUUCCAUCAUUCAGAGCAAUGAUGCAAUGACACGCCAAAACUGGACCCCAUUGGAUUAUUUUAAGCAGUACAUUGAUGACUCUGUAUUUGAAUUGAUGGCCAUGUGCACAAAUCAGCGUGAAGUCCUUGUGUCUGGAGCAACAUUAAAUACCACUCCUGAAGAACUGAAGACAUUCUUUGGAAAUUCUAUUUACAUGGACUGUCUAGGAUACCCAAACAUUCAAAUGUAUUGGGCUUCAAAUACCAGAGUUCAAAUUGUGGCAGAAUCCAUGACCAGAAAUCGGUUUUAUAAGCUUAGAAACGCCAUCAAGAUCGUCAAUGACCUUGAUGUUUCAGAUGAUGAAAAAAGAAGUGAUGUCCUGUGGAGAAUCAGGCCCCUCUUGAUCAAAGUAAGGCAAGGAUGUUUGAGUCUGCCUAGAACAGGGAAAUUGUGCAUUGAUGAACAAACGGUUCCAUUUACUGGUGGAUGCCCAGUGCGCCAGUAUGUACCAGGCAAACCACAUCCAACUGGAUUGAAGGUGUUUGUCUUGGCUGCGCCAACUGGUCUGGUCUUGGACUUUGUAGUCUACCAAGGUAAGACUACCUUCCAAGUUACAGGAGGAAAUGGCAUUGGAGAACAAGCUGUUCUUCAUUUGGCAGAGUCUGUUCCUCAAGGAACCCACCUGUUCUUUGACAGGUUCUUUACAACAAUCAACCUCCUUGAUACCCUGAUGACAAAAGGGUUAACAGGAACUGGAACUCUCAUGAGUAACAGGGUUCCAAAGGACUGUAAGAUCAUAGAGGAUAAGACCUUCAAAAAGAAAGGAAGAGGUGAAUCAGACAUGGUUGUCAGAAGAAGCCCUCCUGAACUUGCUGUCAUAAAAUGGUUGGACAACAAGCCAGUUGUCAUGGCAUCCUCUGCCUUUGGCAUUAAACCUCAGGACACACGCAGAAGAUGGUCCAAGAAAGACAAAAGAUUUGUCCAGGUGUCAAGGCCACUGGCAAUUGCUGAGUACAACACCAACAUGGGUGGUGUAGACUUGGUUGACCGAAUGUUGAGUUUCUACAGGAUGACUUCUCGCACACAGAAAUGGACAGUGCGUGCAGUUUUCCACUUUUUUGACCUGGCAAUCACCAACUCAUGGCUUCAGAAUAAGAGUGACUUAAGUGUUUAA